AGUAGUAGUAGUGAUCGGCUCUUCAGUAGUCGUGUCGACAGUAGAAGAAUCUGUUGUAGUAUUUAUCGGUUCUUCAGUAGUAGUAGUGAUCGUGUCUUCAGUUGUUGUAUCGAUUGGGGAAUCAAUUCUAUCGAAUAUAAAGAAGAGCCAACACCUAUUGUUGAAAGUGUAAAUGAUAUUGCACAUUAUCACGACAUUAUUGGUCAUGAAACAUCUGCCGUGAUCAACACAACAAUGACCUGGCUCACUGACAUACCAUGUGUUAGCGGCGCUAACAGCAAAAUCAAUAUCACGGCCAUGUACACUAUGGGUCAGGAUUAUGGCGAGGAAACGUGCAACGGCUAUAUAACCCAUGUUAAUUAUCUUGAAUUUAUGGCUGUCCAACAAAAUCCGAACAUGGUUAUACAAAUUGUCAUGGAUAAAAACAGUCGUGUUGAAUUCAACGUAAAUGGUGAUAGAUUAACGCACAAUAACGGGGUUGUUAGCGGUGGAAAGUGCGCCGGGUCAAAUUUCAUUGAGUACACGAUCUAUAAAGGAUAUCCGGCCAAUGGCUGUCAAACUAGUACAGGUAUUAACAGUCACUCAGCCCUAUACCGGCUCAUUGAGAUCAGGGGCGAAUGCGAUGUCACGUGUCGCGUUAAUCAGCAUGCUGGGAUUGGCUUAGUUUCACACCUGGCCAUCUACCGAUUGAAUCACCUUGAUAAUACCGGCCACACUAGUCUUCACGUCCAGCGGGGCUGUGGGUCCGCCGCCAGCGGUUCUCACGUGACCCGGAUUACAGCCAAUCACAAAAAUACUGUACGGCACUUUGUGAUCAUGUUUAGGGCAGCCCUACUCGUACGGGUGGGGUAUAUACUGCCCGCUCCUCCCUGUCCUGUCAUCGUAAUAGAGCCCAAUCGGGACGUCAUGUUUACCACCAGUGUUUUGCGU